AUGCGUUCGCUACUCCUCACCAGUGUAGUCUCGCUUGCUGGACGUUUCUGCUUUGCCAAUGGCGAGAAGAUCACUUUCACGUCACCCAGAAACCCCGUCUUGGGAGAUGGGUCCUAUUAUUCGGCAGAUCCAGGCCCAAUCGUGGAUAACAACACCCUCUACAUCAUCUCGGGCCAAGACUCUGCUCCACCUAACGACAACGACUUUAUCAUCAACGACUGGUUCCUAUUCAGCAGCUCAGAUCCCAAACCUGCAGGCGCCCAGUGGACUCUUCGAACGGAGUUUCUGAAACCUCACGAUGUCUUUGGCUGGGCCAUGACUCGAGGUGCCUACGCAUCGCAAAUUAUUAAAGGUCCUGACGGGCGUUUCUACGUGUACUGUCCGGUCAUGCAAGCAAAUACGACGGAUGAAGAUCCUUUUGGCAUCGGUGUCGCUGUUGCAGACAGCAUUCAGGGACCAUACAAAGAUAUACAUCCGAGCGGACCCAUUGUGUCUCAGAGCCACCCAGCACCUGGAAAUAACAUCGAGAACAUCGAUCUCACCGUCUAUGUGGAUGGUGAUGGCAAAGUCUACAUGUACUGGGGCACCUUUGGCAGCCUAAAGGGGGUUCAACUAAAAAGCGACAUGAAGACGUUUGCUUCUGACGUGGUCGACGUUACAACAUUGACCGGUUUCUUCGAAGCUGCUUGGUUGACCAAGCGCAAAGACACCUAUUACAUGCUGUAUGCCGACAAUAGUGCUGGACCAGACUCUGGCUGUACUCCCACAGUAUAUCAUGCUUGCAUCGGAUACGGUACCGCCAGCAGCCCCUUGGGACCAUGGACGUAUCAGGGCGUCAUUCUCGGUAUAGUCUCCUCCACGACAUCUCAUUCUGGGGUCGUUCCAUAUGGUGACAAAUGGCUCUUUGUUUACCACACCACCGAUGCGGUGAACGGAGGCAACUUCCGUCGCAGUCUGGCUAUCGACUACAUGGAGUUUGACGAUACCAAGACUCCUCCCAGGAUCAAGCCCAUAACUCAAACCCAUCGCCCAGCUUCUUUGCCUCCACCAACUUAUGCACGCCAGCAGUUCGCCAAGGCCACCAGCGAUCCUGUUUGCGCCAUUCAGUACUGGAUCGAUUCUUUGCACGAUCUCAAAACCCCCGUCAACCCUCUCCCACCUGAGUACUGGAGCUCCUACAAUAGCGCUGACAGCCAGGUGAAGAGCAUCAUCACGUAUUCUUGGAACACAACAAUAGCUCUGAAUGGAACUUCCAUGGCCUUCUUCGCAGACCAUGACGCAGGCGCGGUUGACGGCGUGGCGCCACCCACCCAGUGGUGGGUGGAGUAUAAGACCUCGAACGGAUCCUGGAGCCGUGUCCAGAACCUAACCAGUUAUCUGACAGCAGUCAGCGAUACACCUGUUAUCACCUAUUUCAAGGAGGUGAAGACAGAAGGUCUACGUGCGACGCUAUAUGCGCCAACAAAUGGGACUUCGACUGCAGGCAUCGGUAUCAAGGAGUGGGCUGCGCUCUCCCCACAGCUCUCUUCUUGGUGA